CGAUUAUUAAAGACCUCAGCAAAUCAAAAGAACACCUAGAGAAGAGCACACAGUGCUUCGAGAAAUUAUUUGAUGAUUUAAAAGACAAUGACCAGUUCAAGGUUUCAAUCGUCGACACAUUCAUCAAAACCUACAAGAUGCUCAGCCAAGUCCACAUUAAAUCUGGACUAAUCGAAGAAGCGCUCAUGGUAUGUGAACGUGGACGAGCACGUGCUUUGGGAGAUCUCUUUUACCUUAAAUAUAACACAACUGAGAAAACACAAGCACAAGAACCGGAAUUUGCAGAUUUCAAAAGAAUUUUUUCAUAUAAAGAAGCCUGCAUUCUGUUUUACAACCUUCAUCUUGACAAGGUAACUUAUGAUUGCUGGAUCAUAUCAACCAAAAGUCCAUCAACAUUCUAUUAUGAUGAAAUGGAAAACAUCAAAGCUUUGGCAACAAUUGUGUCCAGUCUGUCUGAAGAUGAUAAAACAAACUUGAAUACGGGAUAUUUUCAAUAUCUCGUUGACAACAGUUUUCGCCAGAUGCGUCUUAGAGAAGAAAUGAAAUGCGAUGAACAAUCGAUGAACUUACUAGACCAUGAAAACGGGGAGCCUGCAGGCGCUACAAAGUCUUUAAAUAUCAGAGAAACUGCCCUCACAGUUUUUCGACAGGUUGACAGAUGGUGCGCUUCCGCGGACGAUGAAGAUGAUAUCGAGCCUCUCGAAGUGCUUUCCCGUAGACUUCUCUCUCCAGUAMUUAACCAGCUGACCCACGACGAGGUGAUCAUCAUCCCUGACGGUCCUCUGUUCAUGGUGCCAUUUGCUGCUCUUCAAGAUCCAGUGACCGGCAAGUAUUUGUCGGAGACUAAGCUCAUUCGCUUGGCUCCUUCUCUGACGACGCUGAAAAUUCUACAAGAAUUCUCAGACGAAAAUUAUGCUAAGUCAGGGGCGCUGAUCAUUGGAAACCCUACAGGGGAUUUACCUGGUGCAGAGAAAGAAGCCGUCGAGAUUGGUAACCUUCUCGGUGUUCAACCAUUGAUAAGAAAACAAGCAACAAAAGAAGUCAUUUUGGAGAAACUAAAGCAAGACGUGUCCGUGAUCCACUUUGCUUCACACGGCAGAGAUAAAAAUGGUCAGAUCUUACUGGCUCCUUCUACUCCUCCGAUGAAUUCGUGUUCAGCGGAUGACAAGGGCAACAUCUUGACCAUGAAGGAAGCACAGGAGAGCGGAAUUCGUGCUCAACUGGUUGUGCUGAGCUGUUGUCACAGCGGUAAAGGUGACAUCAGGUCUGAGGGAGUUGUUGGGAUGGCUCGAGCCUUUCUUGCUGCAGGAGCUCGUGCUGUUGUAGCRUCAUUGUGGGCCAUUGACGACACAGCAACAAAGUUCUUUAUGCUGAAAUUCUAUUCGCAUCUCAAGAAAGGAGAAAGUGCAAGUUUGAGUCUUCAGCAGGCAAUGAAUGAGAUGAGAGAAAAAGAGGAAUACAAGGAACCAAAAUACUGGGCGGCCUUCUUUCUAAUUGGAGACGAUGUWACCAUCACAGUGUAAUCGCACAUCAAGGCUGGGUUGUUGGACGAACAUUUUUGAACAUUAAUUAGUUUAGUUUUGUAGUUUUUACAUGUACCCUGACUGAUAAAGUGCGAAUACUAAAAGUGAAAUACUAACAGUGAUCGCACUUAAACCGUGCAACUGUACAAAUAGUGCUAUUUAGUUGUAUUUAGUAAAUCGUGCAUGUGGUACGAAAAUUAAAUUGAAUUGAUACAAAUGAAGAAUUCAAUACCAUCUUGCUUCCAGUCCACUUUUAGUACAAAUUAGUACUACUUAGAUUUAAUUGUACAGUUGCACGGUUUAUUUAAGUGCGAUCUCUCUAGCAUUUUGGGAAAUGGUUAGUACUUUUCAAUGGUUAGCGAUUGUAUAUCAUAAGUGACUCUCAAGUGAUCAUACUGCUGUCAUGUAAUGUAUAGAUUUAUUUCAAUUGUCCGUCAGUUUUCAAUUUUGUGUUAAGUAACGUUAAAAUUUUUUAUGACUGGUUGAUAGAUGGAAAUCAUUUUUUUCCAUGAUAUGUUUGAUAGUAUGGACACUGUGGACAAACUCUAAAUCAAGACAAUUAAUACCGGCAGUGAACACUAGGCCAAAUGUUAUAAAUUCAAAAACAUGUCGUUAAACGUUUUAACUUUACAUAUGCUUACUUUCUGAGAAAAUGCAUUAUAUUAUUUGAAAUUGCUUGA